AUGAGUGAAUAUUUAGCUAUAGCAAUUUUUAUCUGCGUGUCAAUUAUACUAUCUCUUGCUUUGGGUGUAUUGCCUAUGUUUCUUGCAAUAAGCAAACCAGAUAGUGAAAAACUUUCUAACAUAUGAGUGCGGUUUUAACCCUUUAUCAAGAGCAAGAAAAAAUUUUGACAUUAAGUUUAUUUAGUUUCAGUAUUAAUUUAUGAUAUU